CGCGAUCCCGGAAGCGGUGUCAGUCUGGGAGCCGGCGGCGGGCGGCAGGCGGCGGACACCGGGCGGCGAGAAUUGUUGUUCUUCACGAAGUCCGAACGCUAGCGCGGACUGAGGCGCCGUCCGCUGGGAGCGCGAAAGGAGGAGCGCGAGGGGUGCGCGUGCCCGCGAGGAGGCGCCGUGCCCUGAUCCGCGACGCCAGCCUCUGAACCUGCUGCCCACUAAGAGCUUCUGCCCACCACAGGGCCACAAGGUUGAAGUGGUAAUGUCACAGCUGCAGUGCCCUUUUCCUUGGUACAAUUUCUAAGCAGCUUUGCCCUGGUAACUGUGCCCAGGUUAUGACGACGAAUCCCAAACCAAAUAAGGCAUUAAAGGUGAAGAAGGAGGCGGGUGAGAACGCCCCAGUGCUCAGCGAUGAUGAGCUGGUAUCCAUGUCAGUGCGGGAGCUGAACCAGCACCUAAGGGGGCUCACCAAGGAGGAGGUGACUCGCCUGAAGCAGCGGCGGCGCACGCUCAAGAACCGUGGCUACGCAGCCAGCUGCCGCAUUAAGCGGGUGACCCAGAAGGAAGAGCUAGAACGGCAGCGGGUAGAGCUGCAGCAGGAGGUGGAGAAGCUGGCCCGUGAGAACAGCAGCAUGCGCCUGGAGCUUGAUGCCCUACGGGCCAAAUAUGAGGCCCUGCAGACCUUUGCCCGCACUGUGGCCCGUGGACCCAUCACACCGACCAAGGUGGCAACCACCAGUGUCAUCACCAUUGUCAAGUCCGCUGACAUCUCUUCUACUUCUGUGCCCUUCUCGGCUGCAUCCUAGUGCCUGCUGGGGCCGUGUCCCCAAUGCCUGCCCUGAAUUCCUGGCACAAACUGAACAUCUGUGCGCUGUGGAACCCUUGAGGCCAAGGGCAGGGACAGCAGGAGGGUGGCCGGCCCAGAAUGGAGAAUAGGCUCUUGUGAGCCAGAGCCACCCACCGCCCACAUGCACACUCACACGUACACGCACACUCACGCCACCUGUUCUCCGUAGAUGUCUAUUUGUAAGAGUUGUUGGAAUCCCAAGGCGCUGCAUCCCCAUAGGGUGCCAAGCCACUAUGGCUCUGUGUUGGGGCUCAUCUUCCAUCCUCUCUGAGCACCCUGUUGGUCCCAUCCUACCAGCCAGCCCCCACCAAGCUCUGGCCAGCCUGAGGGGCAGGGGCCUGUUGACAGCUCUGAUCUUCCAGUUGUCCUCAUGGCAAUGCACUGUGACCUGCUUCAGCUCUUGUAUUCACUCUGGGCCCUGUGAGGCCGACUUGAGAAGGGCUGCCUGAGGGUGUGUGUGUGUGUGUGUGUGUGUGUGUGUGUUUUCGCUUGCGUGUUUGCCUGCCUGCCUGCCUGCCUGUCUGAUAUCACAGCACCCAUGGCCAUAGCACCAGCCUUGGAGGAACAGCUGGGUUGGGCGGAUGGGAAAGGUUUGUCAAGUAUGUGUCAGAGAGUAGUGCAGAUGUUAUGGAAUGUCCCUGUGUUUCAAAUGGAGGUGCAGGAUUUGACCUACAAGUGGGGGCAGAAGUCUCCCACUAGUCAACAGGGAACAGGUUUGGUCUUUGUGAAGCCACUGUUUUCUAGCUAUGCUCAGCGUGGGUGAAAAGGGGAAUAUUGGGUGGCCUGCAGGGAAGGGCUGCCUAUGUCAGGAGGUUGGUGGGCAUUAAAGCGGCAAUAGAACAUGUUCUGUGAUUUCAGGGAUAUCGGUGGGUGUGGAGGUGACAGUGGAGGAUAUUCUGUGGCACAGGCCAGGGGCCACCAUAGUUUCCAUUGCAGGAAGAGGUAGAGCAGUAGGUGGGGAGGAUAGGGCAGGAGCCAGGGAGGGGGACCCAGGGUCUGCGGUACGGAGGAGCCUGGGUAGUGCUGCACACAGGUCAGAGGUUACUGGCUGGGACAGGCUCCUUGUGCAGCCCAGCUAGGCUGUGGGUGUGGUGCCUAACUGUAGGCACCUGCUCUUGCUCUGUAAAACUCUUAAGGUGCUGAUGUUCUUGGAAUCUUUCUUGCUUCCUUCUGAGCAUUGCCACAGGACCCCUUUGGGUCUCAGCAGGGCCACCAUUAAGAGCUGGUGGGAUGUCAGCCCUAUGUCUUGCCAAUAGAAGCCCUAUGUGUGAUGUGUGAUAAGCAGGCAUAGUGCAGGGACUUCCAGUUUCUUCAUGACUUGCCCUCCAUCUACAUAGACCCCCAACAAACCACCAAGUUCAUUUACAGGGUGUUGGCCACGUUGGGGGGAGGGCAAUUGACAGCCCCAAAGGACAGACAGCCCCCAAGGGUUGUGGCCUAGUUGUGUAUCUACUGUGAGGAGUUGAUGGAAUUGUCUAGGAUGAUCAUGGCAGUCAAAGCAUGAUCAUCCUCCUGGUCCUGGAUUGCCCAGGGCCAGCUGGGCUGCAGCCCAGGGCACGUGGGGUCCACAAAGAGUAAAGGCCCCACUGGGAACCUAACAAAAGCUGUUGAUACCAUAGCCAUGGUAGGUAAUCCAUAUUGGAUAUCAGUAAGGACCAUGGGAAAAUAUUUAAAGAAAGAGAAGAAUAUAUAUAUAUAUAUACAUGUUUUAUCUUACAGAGUUUUCAUAACAAUUUUUCCUUUCCAGUUUGAUACUAUAGAUCUUUGUUAAUGCAGAGCUGCCAGGGAUGGUGGGUAGGGUGGGAAAAAUUGCCCUCCUUCCUGGGUUCUGCUGCUUGCUGUGGACAGAGGGUCCCUGCUUCCUCUCUUGGUCUUCCUGCCUGCAGAUGGUGCCAGGCAUGCUGGGCUCUGGACAAGUCCUGACCCUGCGGGUGGUGUGCACAGCCCUUCAGGGCAGGCCAUAGCAAUACAAGUUUUGUCCAGUCUUGGGGUCCAUGUCCCCUUCUUGUAGGACACAGCAGGCAGGUGACCGCUGGACAUGGGUUGUUGCCCAUCGCUGACCUGUGGUGCUUGGCUUGGGGUGUGGGAGGUGCCCUGCCCUUGGUUCCAUGGUGGAUGGAGCUACUGUCACUGCCCAGAGCCAUGUUUCAGGGCCUGGGAAGGAAGUAGCACCUUCUGUUUUUCUUUUCAGACCCUUGAAAUUUCAUUGUCACAAUUUAAUAUAUGGAAUUUUAUUAUUAUUUUGAGAAGAAAGACAAGGACCUCUUUAUUUUGUGGGUUUGUUUUCUGUCUGGUGCCUCAAACUUCCCAAAGAAGGUAGUACUCUGCCUGCCAGGGCGGCAGGAACACCACGCUCACUGGUUUGUCCUGGCCGCCUGCUAUUUGCAGUUCAUUUCAAUAUUUAUUUUGUGCUUUUUCCCCAAUAUAAAUUAUUGAGAAGAUCAAAUGCUGUGGACCUUUAUCUGUGCCCACCCUGACCCUGUCUCGUGGCCACCACCUAAUUUAUUGCUGUACAUGUUGCUGCUGUGACUGCUUUUCUACCUUUGCAAUAAAGAAUCUCCUGGUUCAGGUC